AUGGCGACCCCUAUGUUGCUGUUCUCCUGCUUCUGUCUGCUUACGGGGGAUAUGCUGUUUGGGUUUGACACGGGAAGCUUUGGAGGAAUCCUUGGAAACCCGGGCUUCAUCAACCAAUUCGGCAGCUAUAACGCAGACACACAAGCCUAUGAGAUCGACUCGCUGAACACGUCGCUCCUGUCAUCACUGGCCUUUAUUGGCAAGUUUAUUGGCUGUUUUUCAGCCGGUCCGAUGAUUGAGAAGUACGUUGAGAUUACAGCCGCUGAUUCUGGUCCCGGGAGUGGACGUCUUGCGCAAUUCAUUGUCGGCCGAAUCAUUGUUUACAUAUCUAUUGGUUUAGUAGAGGUUGACGUGACUACAUAUCAGUCAGAAAUUGUCCCAGCCUCGUUCCGUGGUCUUGUCGUGGUUUCGUUACAACUCUUCCUUGUAGCAGGAGGGCUCAUUGCCAGUGGAGUAAACAAGGCCUACGAGAAAGAGACUGCUGGUGUAGGAUGGAAGACAGUGACAGGGCUCCAGCUUAUAUUUCCAGUCUUGAUCAUUAUAUGCACCAUCUUCAUUCCAAACUCCCCGCGCUGGCUUCUCUCCAAGGACCGGGACGAGGGUGCUAUCGCGUCUCUCCGAAAGCUCCGCCCAGUGGAAGAUAGGGCGAAUGGCGCCUGCGAUGAAGAGCUUCGGGAAAUCCGAGAGGGGCUGCACGAAGUCGUCCACAAAGCCGCAUGGGCUGACCUCGUCAAGGGGACCAACCUCCGCCGCACUAUAAUAGUCAUAGUCUGCUACUUUUUUCAACAGGCAACCGGACAAGCGUUCGUGUCGACUUUCCAAACGAAGUUCUACCAACAGAACGGCUACGCGGAGAAUGCAUAUACAUACCCAAUCAUCAGUAGUGUUCUCAACCUCGUGGCAGUGCUCUUGGCCAUGGUCCUUGUUGACAGGCUGGGCCGCCGAUAUACGCUCUUCCUCAGCUACUCCCUCCAGGCGCUGUGGAUGUAUGUGCUUGCUGGCCUUGGGGGAAUGGCCCAUCCUACAACCACUUCCAGGAAUACCAUUGUGGCAUCGUUCAUGCUAUACACUAUCUUCUAUAACGCUGGUGGCGGCUCAAUCCCAUAUCUACUGGGCGCUGAAAUACCCCACGCCUCCCUUCGAGAGAAGACACAAUCAGUCGGAACAGCCUGGAACGUCAUCUGGGCAUUCGUAACUAACUUCGUCAUCCCGUACAUGAUGGAGCAUAUCCACUUCGGUGUCGGAUGGGUCUUUGGCAGUGUCUCCCUUGUAGCCUUACUCUACACAUUUUUCUUUCUCCCGGAGACCAAGGGCCGGACACUUGAAGAGUUGGAUUCUGUUUUUGCCCAUGCGUAUAAUCCCUUCCGGCGGGCGGAUGCGUACUACAACAAUGAACGCGAGGCCGAAGCCCCUAAGCAGGGCAAUAUUCAGCCGUAUUCCAGUACUGACAUUAAAAAGCCAGAUGGCGAUAUACAACGCGUGAGCGAGUAA